ACCUGAACCACACUGCAUUCGAAGGAGGAUGUCCGUCAUCACUUUAUUUUUCCGCGGGCUGAUCUCCCAGGAAAACCACCCUGACAAGCGGUCGCCCCCUGCGCCCCCGGUGCACGAGUACGACGACGACGAGAAUGACUCCCACGCAGAGUUCACCAGAGACGCCAACCUGCGGAAGUCCUGGGUCCGAAAAUCCAUGAGGAAGAAGAAGCAGACCGAACUACAAGUGCCUACAGAAAUUCAGAAAUUGGACCACAGCCCGUCCAGACCAGGCUCGUCCUCCAGCAAUGGUCUGCCCCCGAAGUCCCCCACACGGCUGCGUCGCAUGCAGAUCACUCCGUUGCCUAGUGACAGCAGACUCGGGGGCGGGAAACUGCCGAGCCAGAGCCCAGACAAUCCCAGCUCCAUCGCCUACCGUCCUCACUUCUCCAACAGUCAGUUUCCGCACAGGACAAGCAUCGAUACCGGAGCCCGGACCCCCCACCACAACCCCAUCAGCCCCAUCCAGACCAUUCACGGGUCCCACAGAGGAGGAGACAUGAGAGGCAGCUACAACAACAACAGGCUGCCGAGCAAUGGAGAGAGCAACACAGUGGGUCUCAACAUUAUCAAAAACAUCGAGUUCUUGUACCAGGAGUACAGGGACAGUUCAAAGCAGCAGGAGAUCGAGCAGAGGAGGCACGCCGAGUCUCUGUCCCCCGGCGAGGUGAGGCGCACCGGGUCAGACUCCAGCUCCGUGCCCCCUCCCUCCCUCCAGCUCCAGCUCCGAAACACCACACACUCGCUGAGUCUGUGGCAGAACCUGGAGGUGGUGCAGAACAGCGGGCUGCUCCUCAAACUGCCCCAGAAGGAGGUCAUCAUGCAGGAGGCCAUGUUUGAGCUGGUUUCCUCUGAAGCGUCUUAUUACAAGAGUUUGGAGAUUUUAGAAACUCACUUCCUGCGAAACCCCAUCCUCGUCAACACUCUCAGCCAAUCAGACAUGCACUUCCUGUUCUCCAACAUCGAGGAUGUCAUGAAGGCCAGUGAACGGUUCCUGAUGGACCUGGAGCACCGUAUCGAGGAGAGCAUCUUGAUUUCAGAUGUUUGUGAUAUUGUUUAUAGUCACGCUAUGGAGCAUUUCAACGUCUUCAUCAUCUACGUCACCAAUCAGAACUACCAGGAGAAGAACUACAGGCGCAUACUAGAGGGGAACCAGGCAUUUCGAGAGGUCAUGGAGACUUUGGAGAAGCACCCCAGAGUCCGAGGUCUGUCCUUCACAUCUUUUCUGAUCCUGCCAUUUCAGAGGAUCACCAGGCUCAAGCUCCUCGUACAGAAUAUCCUGAAAAAAGCUGAAGAAGGCUCCGAGCGAGAGGCCAACGCCAUUAAAGCACAUCAGAGACUUGAACAGAUUGUGAAAGACUGCAAUGAAGGCGUGCGUAAGAUGGGGCGCACUGAAGAGCUCAUCAGCAUUGAAAAAACACUUGAGUUUAAAUCAAAGUCCAUUCCCAUUAUUUCUCACUCGCGCUGGCUCCUGAAGAAGGGAGAGGUGCAGCUCAUGUCGGGGCCCAAAAGCACCAGAACCACAAAAGGCAAAAAACUGUACCAGCCUGUGUACCUGUUCCUCUUCAACAACCUGCUGCUCAUCACCAAACGCAACUCCAGUGGAGAUAGGUUCCAGGUGUUGGACUCUUGCACUAGAGCCAUGCUGAGGACUGAUGACCUGGAAGACCAGGGCCAGCUCUUGGCCAACGUAUUCAACCUUCGACUGCUGGAAAACCAAGAGGAGCGGCCGGCCAACUACAUGCUCAAGACCACCAGCAUGAGUGACAAACUAAGGUGGAUGUGUGCUCUGACCCCAAGUCGUCGCACGCGUUUUAUGUCCACGAGCGCCCAUCAAUCAGACUCCCCUCAGGUCCAGUGCAUCCAGUCGUACUCGUCACAGGAGCCAGACGAGCUCUCCAUAGAAAUGGCCGACGUGCUGAAUCUGCUGGAGCGGACGGAUGAUGGCUGGAUGAUGGGCGAGCGGCUUCACGACGGCGAGCGGGGCUGGUUCCCAAGUCGCGUUGUGGAGGAGAUCCAGAGCAAAGAGGUGAGAAUCCAAAACCUGCGCGAGGCCUUCAGGAUCCACCAGGCCCAGGAGGGCGUGGGCUUCCCCCAGAGCGGCAGGACUGGGCCACGAGCCGGACGCCGAACCCCCAAGAACUUCUCGAACACGUGGAGCGACCAGUAAAACGCCGUCGUACCAACAUGGACUUGUAAUUACGAUCUAUUAAUAUAUUGCCGUUUUUAAAAUGAAAUGAAGAAGACUUUACAUUGAGGUUUAAGGUUUGCACAAAACAACUUUAAUUUGAGUUUAUUUCAGCUGUUUUACUUUUUCAUAUAGUUGUUUUGAACCAGACUGUUGUCACUUUGUUUUGAAUGAAGUACAAAGUCACUGGCCACAUUAUUAGGUACAUAUUCACUGGAAUUGUGCUUUAGAAAUCUCUCUGCGUUUAGUGUGAGAGACGAGAAAGACGCACUCAUUACAGUACAGAGUUCACUGUUAAAGGACCAUGUUACACUAUUUCUGAUCUGUUAUAAUGUUGUUUCCUCUUCACAAACAGACCUGGAGUUGUGUUUUGGUUCAUUCACACACAUUUGAAUAACUCUAGAUUAGUGGAUUGUCUACAUCUCCAACGCUCAAAAUGUUCUGUCUCACCUUGUGAUGUCAUUAAGUGGUAGUUUUCAAGUUAACAGCUCCUUUUACCCUUUGAGAUCGGAUGCGUGCGCAGCCUGAGUGCAGAAAGUUAACAUGAACAGGCUGCGCCACAUCAAUAAAAUAUGAUAAAGAUGUUUAUUGACGGUUUGAGUUUCUAGUAAGAUAUAAACAGUUUAAUCAGAAGUAAACAAAGAAGGUGCGGAUCUCUUUGGGCAAGAUUGUGACAGUGAAAGUUUUGUUUGUGUAGUGAUGGUCUGGAGGAGACUCAGGGUGGGGGCUUUGUCUCCAAUCUAAAAUGGUCACACAGCUGAUUCAGAACCCCAGCCAGACCGGUGUCACCUAGUGUCUCCACUCAAUUUCAUUUCUCUCCAGUGACUAGGUCAGGAAUCAGAAUACACUAGACAGUUUGUAAGAAUCCCGGAAGUGCGAGUUCAGGCACCAGCCAAUCAGCGAAGAGACAGAUAUUCUGUGUUGGCAACGAUUCCCGAGAUCGAGGGUUUGAAGCUGGAAUAAAGAGAAUGUUUGGUAAAUUUUAUCAAGGAGAAAGACAUUAUUGUCCUUCUUCCUAUGGGGUUUGGAGCAUUAGAUACAUCACGACUAAAUAACAGUGAUUGGUUAAAUUUAAAAAAAAAUACCCGCCUACCAUCAAGCGAACGAAUUCUAACACUGCGAGUCAGACUGUUUCCACAAAGUGAAACCGGUCUAUCAGAACCCCUCCUCCUUGAAGAUGACGUCUUUGGACAAAAGGAUGGAGGAGAUUCACAGGUGGGAGGGGAUCGAGAGAGCUGACAUGGACAUUGUCGUUGGGAUGGCCAUCGGGAGAGAAGGCUAAGGCGUGGUCCAGCUCCUGAAUCGCAGUUAAUUAUUAAACUCCAUUUAUCACCAUAUGAUAAAAUAAGUUCUGAUACUAAAUGAACAUUAGUGAGGGGGAUAUGUUUUAAUGACCUGAAUGUGUUAAAUCAGGCGAGUAUGUCUCAGAUUUCAAAAGCCGGACAUCCACUCACACCUGAUCGAUACACUUAGCCCCACCCACCCGGGAGAGUCUGAAAUCUGCUGAAAUCCUCCAAGACACUGACAUGAUCUCAGACAGAACAGAGGCUCUUUCUGCAGGAGACAUGCGCAGUAGAGCGCCAAGAGACCGAGUUUCAAAACACAGUGGAGCGAUUCUUGUAUUACCACAUGACGACAACCAUCAGAAGCUGGAACGUGUGUUUUCAGUUUGAGAGAAGAACUCAGCCUAAAUGUGCAGGUUUGUGCGUUAAAAAUGUGAAUGAAACAAAACACAACUCCAGGUCUGUUUUCAAUCAAACAUAAAUCGAACAUAAAUCAGAAAAUAGCGCAAUACGGGCAGUUUAACGAAUAACGGACUAAAAUGAGUGCCAGAAACCGGUAUAUAUAUUUCUCAAAACACUAUAUUGUGGUCGGUGAUGUGUCUGUACUCGUGUGAUCGAACGUUGAUGUAAAUUUGAGACGCUGGGUUCACUUUUAAUUUUUUUUAAACUAUGGUCAGCUUUUCUAAUGUUCUGUACACACUCGCUGCAUGGACACAGUGUAAAAGAAUUAUAAACUAUAGUCACGUUCUUAAAGCUGCACUGUGUAACUUUUCGCUUGAGGCUUCCAGCACCUGCUUGUUUCUACGGAUACGUCGUCGCUCUGCUUAGAAUGUUCCAAAGUACGGCAUUAAACAGCUCUACUUUACAUUUAUUCAAUUCCAGGCUCAAAAAACACAUUCUGACUGUGAGCAGGGUCGCCUCUCCACAGAUCUGACCUGUAACUCUGUCCAAUUUUGGUCUGACAGAAUCAUAUCAUGAAACAUUUCAGACAAAGCAAUAACAUCUCCACGGAAACAAGCACCAGAAAAGUUACACAACGCACCUUUAGGAAAUACGAGUGAAUAUUGAAAUUGUACCUGAAUGAACGCUGAAAUUACUUCUUUUUGCACUAAAAUACUCUUAAAAAUCGUGAUCCCGGCUUUGUCCUGUAAAGUAAAGUACCUGUAAUUAGUAUUUAAAAUGGUCUCGGGAUGUGGCGGUAAAAGAACAGACUUCGACUUUAUUCAGAAAUUGUGUGUGUUAAUAAAAGCAAUACAAUCUUUACAUUUUGGGUUUGUGUAUUCACCAGAUUCAUUCGUGAGUUUUCGUUGCUUCACGUUGCUUUUUUUUUUUCUGUUCUGGACGCCAUUUUGAGGACUUUUGACCGUUCGAAAGCUCAAAUGUUUGAAUUGUUUAUCGCUACAAUCUCAGUUUUGCAAUACUUGAAACUCACGUACUGGUAUUUUUAAGUCUGUUCAUUUGCAUCGCACAUUCCACGUCGAAGCAAACGCAUUCAGGUCCAGUUUAAAGCCGCAUUCUGUAACUUUUCUAGCGGGGGAGCGUGCCAGUUUGUAGUCUCCAUGGCGACGUAACUGCUCCUCCCGGAACGUCGCGGUAAGACGUUAAACUGAUCUGUCUUACGUAGUGUUUUUAUGACGAAAAAUCGCUUCAGAAAUGUUCGUUCUGGAGCGGGCUUGCCUCUCCUCAGACCUGACUUGUAACUCGCCUGCUUGUUUCCCUAGAGACAGACAGUUUAAUGCCAUACUGUGGAACAUUCCCGUAACAUUCUAACACGGCUUAAAGCUCACAAGAGUCGAUUUUACGUAACACAGGACCUUUGAAUGCGUUUGUUUGAAUUAUUUAAGAUCACGUUAUGAUGAAUUUGUCGUUAGAAGAUCCACAAAUAUUUUCUGUCGUAAGUUCAGGAGUGAAAUUUGACGGAUCUGAAACGUGGAUCGAACCCGACGACAGUUUGCACUAAAUCUGAACAGAACGAUUCUUCAGCUGAAAUCAAAUAAACUGACAAGACUCAAAUUUCUUGUAAAAUACUUGUAAUGAUCUUUUUUUUUUACGUUUUUCAAUAGACAAGUCUGAAAAAUACUUCAACAGACUUGACACUGAUCUUCCAGGACUAAACCGGGACUAAACCAGGGCUAAACCAGGACUAAACCAGGGCUAAACCAGAAUUUUACCAGGACUAAACCAAGACUCAACCAGGGCUGAAACAGGACUAAAUCAGGACUAAACCGGGACUAAACCGGGACGAAAACAAGGCUAAACCAGGACUAAAACGGGAUUAAAUCAGGGCUAAAUCAGGACUAAACCAGGACUUAACCAGGACUAAAUCAAGACCAAACCAUGCCACUAUGCCAGGCCUCUAAACCAAGACUAAACCAGGUGACGAAAUCAGGACUAAACUAGAAUUUAACCAGGACUAAAUCAACACUAAACCAAGACUAAACCAGGACUAAACCAGGGCCAAACCAGGACUAAAUCAGGACAAAAUAAGAACUUAACCAGGACUAAACCAGGAGACUAAACCAGGACUAAAUAAUGACUAACUAAGAACUUAACCAGGUUUAAAUCAGGACUAAACCAUGACGAACCAGGACUAAACCAGGGGACAAAGCCAGGACCAAACCAGGACUAAAUCCAAAAUUAACCAGGACUAAACCAGAGCCAAACAUGACUAAACUAGAAACUUGUAGGACUUUUACUCAGGUCGACCUUUUCCACCUUUUUUUCUCUGUUUCUCUGUGUUUUUCUGUGUUUUUCCGUGUAACCUUUUGUGCAGUAAAUCUUUAAAAACUUGACAAACUUACUGUAUAUUGUCUCUUAUAGCUCCUGUACACAGAGCAUGAAGUACAGUCUCUGAAUACUGCAUGUACCGUGUAGGCCUGUACUACCAACUCUCUCUAUACUCCCAAUAAUCCUUCAGAUCUGUUUGAAAUGAUGGCCGUUUUUGAUGUUCAUUUUGUAAGAUGUAAAUUAUUAGAAAAUAAAUUAACCAGAGCUUCCUUAU